AGUGCCUUUAAAGUAAGUGAUAGUAAAUUAUAGAAAACAAUGGACCAAACUGGAUGGAGGCGUUUUAUAAUGGUGCAACCACCUGUAGUGCUGUUGCUGCUUGCUCAAUCAAUGUCAGGUAAAAACCAAUUUUUUAAUAUUAACAUAAUGGCUAUGUGUACAUAUUUUCCUACAGGUACCAUUCUGACAGAUUUAAUAGUAUAUCGUACGUGCACUAUGACAUUAAAAAUAAAUCAAACAGAAUGCCUGAUACUCCAUAAUAAUAGCAGUAGCCCAGAAGCUCUUAAAAUAAAUUUGCAAGUACAACCAUAUGCCAGUUUAAUAUUGAUGAGUAAAUCCUUCAUUGAAAGUAUUUUUCCUUCGUUUCUGUCUUUGUUUUUGGGACCAUGGAGCGACAAACAUGGAAGAAAACCUGUUAUAUUAUCAGGGUAUAUAGGUAUAUCUUUAACAUACCUUCUGCUCUCUAUAAUGACUCAUUGGAACAUUGCACCUUGGUAUUUGUUAUUAGCUUAUGUCCCUACUGCUCUUUCGGGUGGUUUAUGUGUAUUAAUAUUAGCUUCACUUUGCUAUAUCACUGAUAUAACGAAUGAUAGUGAGCGAUCAGGACAUUUGGCCUGGCUAGAUGCAUUAAUAUCCCUUGGUUUACUAAUUGGUUUGUUUUCUGGCCCAGCAGUAUUUGAAGCAUAUGGAUAUAUUGCUGUGUUCAGUAUAGCAACUAUACUGUGCAUUGUGGCAACAUUGUAUAUAUUACUUUGCGUCCCAGAAACUAUACAAAGUCAUAGUACUGGAACUAUUUGUAAGAUAUUUGAUUUUGUGCUUGUAAAAGACCUUGUUCGUACAUGUGUUGAAAAGAGAGAUGGAUUUAAUAGGUCAUUAGUUUGGAGUUGCAUAGUUUGUCUUACAUUACUUUUGAUUACCUUGCAAGGGGAGAUGACUAUUGGAUAUCUGUUUGCAAGUGCCCGACUUGGUUGGGAUGUACAAGAAUAUUCCACUUAUGUAGGUGCAAGUGUUGUAUUAGGAAUAUUAGGUACAAUACUGGGUAUUAAAUUGAUGCGACAAUGUGCAGGACUUCCAGAGGCGAUAAUUGCCAUAAUAUCUGUUACAUCAUCUCUUGGCAGUGCUUUAAUGCGAGCUUUUAUAUGGCAAUCUUGGCACAUGUAUUUAUCAACAAGUAUAGGUAUGUUCAGUGAUCUAGCUCGACCAAUGAUACGUGCUAUAUUAUCCAAAACUGUACCUGUGCAGGAUACUGGGAAGAUUUUUUCUCUAACUCAAUCUUUAGAGACUCUGUUACCAUUUGCGGCAGCUUCCCUGUAUACUCUCUUGUAUUCCCAUUAUAUGCCACCUGUGUAUCCUGUGCCAGUAUGGUUUUUAGCAGCAGCAUUUUACAUCAUAACUAUUAUAUUAUUGACACAUAUUCAAAUAGAGAUGAUAAGACGUAACAAUACAUGUUAUGUCUCCUUAAUAGACAACAAUGAUUCAGAUCAUUGAUAUAUUUUAUUGAUCAAAAUAGAGAUUAGUGUAAAUUAGUCAAGAAGUGUUUUGGAUAAAAUAUUUUUAUAUAAUAUUUUUAUACAUUUGCAAUAUUUGAUAUAUAUUUUUGUAAAUCAUGCAUAUAUAACUCUUAUAAUGCAUAAAUUAUUGUGCAAAAUUA